AUGGAAGAGGUCCUGCAGACUAAGCUACAGCCAAUUGAUGCCGAGUACACGAGAACACAGUGCACAGAUAAUGCCAACGGUUUAUUAGAAAACUUAGAGCAAGACGAUGUCCAACUCCACAAAGUUGAUGUCUCCAAAGCGGAUUAUGUUCCAGAAAGUAAUAGGCUACCCAGCUCCGCAAAAACAACGAGCGAUUCUGAAAACUAUAAUGAAUCUGAUCAAAGUAAGCAAAAGAUACUCGACGAGGAGCCGAACAACGGGAAACAAUCCAACAGCGUAGAGUCAGUAUCUCCCACUUCAGCUGUUGAUUCCAGCAUUCACCAGGGGACAUUCACCAGAAGUAGCGAUCUUACCAGCCAUCGAAAUACCCGUACCGGGGAACGGUCGUUCAAAUGCACCGUUUGUGGUAAAGAGUUUUUCCACAGAAGUAGUGUCACCUGGCACAUGCCCCUUCAUACGGGAGAGUAUCGGUGGACGUGUGAGGUGUGUGGCAAAGGAUUCAAUUCCCGCUUUCGGUUGAAAGAACACAUGCCCAUUCAUACGGGCGAGCGACCGCACAGGUGCGCCAUUUGCGGUAAAGAUUUUGCCCAAAGAAGUACGCUACGAGGGCACAUGCCCCUGCAUACGGGAGAGAAUCGCAAAAAAUGUGAUGUGUGUGGCAAAGGGUUCACGACCAAACAUCACUUAAAGGAACACAAGCGCAUUCACACCGGUGAGCGACCGCACGAAUGUGAUAUCUGCGGAAAGGUAUUCGCUACCAAGGCUCAAGUGGCGUCUCACAUACGUAUUCACCGUGUUCACACAGGUGUAUGGCGGUAUCAGUGUGAAAUUUGUGGAAAAAACUUUACCGAGAAUAGUUUACUCGUCCGUCAUAUGCACAACCACGAGGACAUCUACUCAUUCGAAUGCAAAGUUUGUGGCAAAGGGUUCGUGUACAAAUCAGCUUUAACACAACACAUGCGUACUCACAGUGGCCAAAAGCCGUUCAAGUGUGGCAUCUGUGGCAAGGGUUUUGCUAUGUCAGGAAACCUGAAUCGGCAUACUCAAUCACAUGACACCGACGGACUUAUUGGUUGUAAAAGUUGCAAGCAGCGGUUUGUCACUCGGAAAGAAUUGCACAAGCACAAGUGUGAACACCGUCUCAACCAGCAGAUCGCAAAGCAUUGA